UUGCAAGCAAUUGGAAACAUUUAAAACAAAGGAAAGUAACCUUCGUCUAGUAUCGUUUUGAAAGAACGACGGAGGGGAAUGAAAGUGUUUUAAAGAGGGUUUGGUUAAAUGUUAUAUAAAUGAAAAUUAAGAUUUCGCAGUAUGCUAUUGGAAAGUAUAAUUGCUAUAUUUUCAAUAUUGUUGAACCCAUGCUGGGCAGCAAGUUUCACGACUUCCCCUAGCGUGACGUCUAUUCACGAGAACGCCGAUGACCAAAAACUGAUAUGGACAGUCUCGGCAACGUGUUAUAUAGAAUGGGACUGCACGAAAACAUGUUACGCCGAGGGCAAUGAUACAUAUGUAAAUUGCAAUAACUGUUCGACUUUGGAAAAUUUGAAGGAAGAACAUGGCAACGAUGCUGUCGUUUCGAAUAUGACGUGUCCGGAUGGAUUGGACGGACGUUGUAACGAAACUGUGAUUUGCAACUCUUGCACCCUUGAUAACAACCCGGACGUGCUGAUCAUGGAGGGGAACACCAUCUAUAAGAAGAAUUGCACAAGCAACGCAUGCCUGACCGGUGAUACUCCAAUAAGCUACAGAGUCACAUGUACGCAUACUGAUACAGAGGAUCGACAGAACUUCGAAUCUGAUUCCGUUAAUAAAACAGUGACUUUGAAUGUCGCACGCGACAGUACACCAUCCAUAUAUUAUAAACGCGGAUCCAGUAUUGCGAUCGGCAAAAGCAUAGCCGGUACCGGUCAAUUGGUCAACAUGAUUAACUCUACAUACGUUGAUGAGACGGAUGACAAAGACUCUGUUACCUUCUUUCUCAAUUCAAGUGCCAACCCAAGCUGGUUAGAGUUAAAUACAGCCAGCGGUGCAAUAACAGUGAAUUCAACACUUGCGUCAGAAGCAGAAACAUCACAUAAUAUAGAGUUUUGCGUACAAAACAGGAGAAAUUUGACCAACUGCUCCUCAAUGUCCAUUACAAUUUAUGGCACCGAAAUCACAAAUUCACCAUAUAACGUUUCACUGCACGAGAAUACGGACGCCGCCAAGGAUUUGUGGGAUGUUAAUGGUACAGUUGAUGUAACUUACACGUGCUUCGAUAUUUAUACUUGUUCGGAACUAUCUGCUUUUGACCAUUGUUUGGUGAACGAUAGCGGUGUAGACCUCGUGACUAGUACAGGAUCAAGAGUUUUCAAACGUGAAUGCAAGGACAAAUUGUGUGAUGAAUGCGACAUUACCCAACACUGUGUUGAUAAAAAUGAAACAUAUCCCUACACGGUCACCUGUAGCAAAAGCUACGACAACAACUACCCUGGUUUUACAACUGGAUUUGCAUCGAAGUCAGCAAGUGUGACUUUCUAUGCAGAUAAAGCUCCUUCGUUUGAAUACGAAAAGGGAAAUGCUACCAUUGUUUUCAAGAAUAAUUCAGUUGAAGGAACGGUGAUAAACAAAAUUGUUAGCGACCCCGUAGAUGAGCCGGACGACAAUGAUCGGCUGAAUUACAGUCUUAAAACCCCACCACGACCCUCUUGGAUACAUGCUAACAUUCUAUUUGAUCUAGAUAGAGUCACUGGAGAAAUAAAAGUUAAUCAAUCCCUGGAAAAAGAGUUUUCAUAUACGUUUGAAAUGGAAACAUGCAUUACUAACAGACGGCAGUUUAAAGUCUGUAAAAAAUUAAGCAUAACAUUGUGGGGCUGUUACCAGACACCGAACUGUUCUAAUCAGGUGAUUCUGGAUUUGAAGGACACCCAUGGUAUCGAUGGCCAUGAAUCUAACAAUUCCCUCUUCCAAAAUGAGAGUCCUCCUCCAACCGGUCAUUUCACAGAUUUCCGACCAACAUGGGCACAGUUGAAUUGGUACCUUGACAAUGGGAACUUUGGUGAAGCAGCAAUAAAUAAGACUAGUGGCGAGAUUUAUCUGACUACGAAUAUCAGUAUUUGGCCAUCGUAUCCUAGCCGCAACUACAACAUGACGGUGACAGUGGAAAAUACUGAGUCUUGUUACACUUCAACCUGCAAUAUGGAGGUUACAAUCUUGUAUACGAACUGGCCCCUACACAUCGCGAGCCUACUGGAUAAGAAUGAACGUGAAAUAAGUCUCCAUGAAGACGUAGACGAAGAAACCCUUUUACACGAGCUAAAGGUUUACGAUUACAACUACGAACGUAGCUCAGAUGGACAUAAUAUCGAGGAUAAUGCCACGUGCUGGAUAAAAGAAGUGUUUGAUCAGUGGGGUGACAAUGACACGGAACUGUUUGAACUUAAAAUGAACUCAGCAAAGCCACAUCAAUGGGAUGCGUAUUCUUUGUGGAAACGGAAGUGUACCGUACAAAAUUCGCCGUUCACGCCACCGUGCGGUUUUAAGCGAGAUAAUUACACGUGUCCCAAACACUCUGGCUGCAUGACUCACAACGUGACUCAGUGGUAUAACGUGUCGAUUACAUGCAAGGACGGCUAUGGGGAAACGGACAAUAAGAACUUCACUUUCUUUCCGUUACCCAACGAAGCUCCUACCUGGAGAAAUUUACCAAACGAAGUUACACUUGACUUGAACACUGGAAGCGAACAUGACGUCAUAUUUUCAACUAUGUAUCAGGACGCAGAAAAGGAGAAUCUUACUUAUGAAUAUCAAUUUUUGAUGGACAACGGAAGCGCCGUUACGUAUUUCAAAGGAGACUCUAGUGGAAAUUAUUACGAUCAGCUUGGAAACAUUUCUUUAACAACUUUUUUAAAAUAUGUUCCAAAGAAUUCCACAUAUCACAUACAAAUAUGUGGACACGAUAGACGGAAUGAAAUUUGUGAGAUCCUAACCGUUAAACUUCAAGAUUAUUGUGGUAGCGUGCCAGUUUGUACCGGAAAACAAAAGACAGUAACUGAGGAAACGCCGAUUGGAUCAGAAAUCUUUGAUAUUUCUACGUUUGUGACCAAUUUAGACAGUUUUUCGGAAAUCACAUACAGCUUAACGGCAAAGCAUUUGGAUUUGUUUGUUGUUGACCAAGCAAACGGCAAAGUCACAACAGCGGCCAAGCUACCAGCAAGUUAUCCAUCCACGGCAUACUCUUUAAACGGGUUUGUGUCUGACAAAUUUUCAUGCCAACAAUACUCCGUGUGCCCUCUAAAGCUUUACGUCACAUACGUAAACUAUGCUCCGACAAUUGGGAACCUACCGGCAAAUGUAUCCAUACAUGAGGACGAAAACACCCCUUUGACGCUAUUCACUGUUGAGACGUUCGAUUCAAAUGCUGACGACGAGAUCACGUGUUAUAUUACGAAUCCUAACGAUAAUUUACCUUUCUAUGAAGAGGAAACAUUUUCAGGUUCGGGAGUCUACGUUAUAAAGAAUCACGUAGCGGGUACGGACUCCUCAAGACAGCUUUCAUCGGCAAAGACCACAUACACUAUUGACAUUACAUGUGAAGAUCGAUUGGGAGUCAAUGACACAGGAACACUUACUAUCAACGUGGUUCUGAAUACAGGACCUAACCUCACAACGAUUGUUGGUACUGUAAACAAACAAGUGGAUCAAUCAGUGGUGUUCUCCGGAGCAACACUUCUAACAGAAGAGGCAUCGGACCAGGAAAACGAUGCAUUAAAUUACACAUGCACUGUAGAUUCGACAAAUAAUCCUUUAACCUGCUUCAUAGAGGGCAACAUUAUAACGAUACAACUACGACGAAACGUUAGCAUCGACAGAGAAAACGGCCUUAUUUUUUCCAUUGGUGUUUGUGUCGGUGAUGAAAAACACUAUAAUAACGACUGUGGAACACUUGUUAUAACAUUUGAAACUACGCACGCAUACCCAAGCAUUAGCAACUUGCCAGCAACAAAGAACGUCAGCGAAGGUACACCGAUCGGUACAGUGUUGUUUACCGCAAUUGUUGCUGACGAUGACCUCCCGAAUGAGAGCCACGUCUUCUCAAUGUCUGUAGUGCCGUCUACCUCAAUAGGACAUUUCACGUUGGACCCAACAAGUGGAGCUGUGACUUUGACAAAGGUCUUAGAUUUCGAGACAUUGAACAAGUACACCCUCUUCUUUACUGUACGUGACAAUUAUUUGUCAAGCAAAGAAUCGUAUGUUCUACUUAUCAACGUUACCAACGUUAACGAAGGCAAUACUCUAACGUCUUCUGUUUCCAGCAUUAACUUUAAGGAGAGCGCGAAAGUUGGCAGAAAAUUCAAGACAGGACUUUCAUGCAGCGAUGUUGAUCAUGAAGAUACAACCACAAUAAGCCUCGCAAGUGGCACACACGUUGACUACUUCGUUUACAACGUGUCAGACAAUAGACUGUAUUUGACAAAAGAGUGGGAUCUCGAUGACUCUUCGCUUGGUCUACCAUCUACUACAACGCUAACCUUUCGGUGCACAGACGCCGGUGGAUUAUUUUCUGAACAUGAUAUAGUCGUUAACGUCGAACACGUCAAUGACAUGAAACCGACGUUUACGUUUACUCUUGGAGAGUCUGAAACAACGAGUGCCGGAAAGCCAUUUUUAAAGAUCAACCGAACUACAGAUCUCAGCACGAAAUUUCUAACCGUCGAAUGUGUCGACGCGGAUGCAGAUGAUGAUGGUCAAUGCAGGGCAGACAUUCUCGGCAAUGGACUGGGGAAGAAACUAUUUGAAUUUCGGGCAGAUGCAAAACGGAAGAGAUCAACUUCAAACGCAAUGAGUCUGUAUCUGAGACAAAUAAUGGAUUUUAAUUACAACGUAGAGUUUACGUUUAAUAUUAAGGUAACAGACAACUCUAAACAAUCAUUGUUUUCCGCAUUGGCAAUCACUGUCAAUUACACAGCCUUAGUUUCUGCACCUGAAGCUGCAGACGUUACAUCAAGCCUUACGUCAUCGAAGACUGGAAGAACGCUCAUAGGUGUCCUGAUAACUGAAUGUGUUAUUGUUUUUCUUCUUGCGAUUCACUUUGUUUGGUCCGUAACAAGAGGACGGCGAUUAACAGUAUCAAGGGUUACAAAUAUGCCAAAUAACACCAGAUUUAAAACAAGACCGUCGUUCAAAAUAGCGAUAGAAGGACAGCCAGAUUUGGAAACAACGAAUUUUAUGACAAACCAAAAACGUCUACAGACUUCCUCCCGGCAAAGGCAGUCGGAAUUCAGUAAAUUAUCCCGGUUUGAUACCGAUAGUGACAGCUCGACAGAGAACGAACCAGAGAUCAGAAUGCAACGUUCAAGAAGACGGUUACAAGGUGGUACUAGACAUUCAUUCACUAAUCUACCAUCUGACCAAAUGUUCUCAGACCUUCCUAUGCCAUUGUAUUCAUCAGACGUGCAAGGCUGUCUGCCCGGUUCGGUUGAGGACGUAAAACAGUUAUAUUAAUAUUUAAAUAUGCUUUUCAAUGAACUAGAAGCAAUUUUAUAAUUGUUUCGAAUGAUACUGCCUAAAACAAACUUUGUAUCAAUAUUAAAUAUUAUCAUUAUUGAUUGUUUCGAUAAUAUUUUGAAUGUAUAUUUUAAUACAUGAAAACGUUUUACGCAUUUGCAUUGAACGUUUCUGUUAAUAAUUCGAGUGCUUACACCUGAAGCAGUUCAUUUUAUACUCCAAAUGAUUGCACUUUAACUAGUGUUGUAUGGUAUAAAUUUAGUUUUAGAUAUUCUAUAAAAAAGGUCGAAUGUAUCAGUAUUCAUUACUUGAAACAGUCAUCUAAAAAUUUCGAAUGUAUUAUUCGAGUAUACUUAAAGCAAUUCUAUUAAAAAAUAAUUAUUAUAGGAAUAUAUUUAAAAGGUUCAAGUAAUGUCCCCAUCACUUAUACGUGAACGAAUUAUAUUAAUAAGCAGAAUGUUAUACUUGAAACAGUUUGAAUAAUAUUUCGAAUGUAUAAUAGUGUUGAUGUUUUUACUUAAAUAAUUUCAGUGUUUUCGAAUGUUUAUAUUUCAAUUGAAAUUUUGAAAGCUUGCGAAACUUCAAACAAUAUACUUGAAACAUUUGUAUUAAAAUUUAAUGCUUAUUCUUCAGACAGUUCUUUUAAAAUUGCGAAAUUUUGAGGAAAUUUCAUAAUUACCAAGGAGGGAACUCUUUUUCAUUGCCGUCGGUUAAGUUGUUCCUCCUUAAUUUGGCCCCUUUUCAUUUGUUCUUUAGUUAUAAUCCGGCUCGGACGUUUGUUUUCUCCCUCCCUCCAACCCAUUUCUUAUAUAAAUAUUUUCUGCCGGACAUAUUCUUAAUAAUAACUUUGCUAUUAUGCUUAAUCCUAAUUUCUUUCCACUAUUAUUUUAGGAUAUUGAAUAUUGUAUUAUGUUCUCACUUUAUUAUGCUUUUUGAUGUGGUAAAUGCUUCCAUGGAGGAGUUAUGGCCGCUUUUGACAUAAGCUUUAUAUCUAUGUUAAUAUCAUAUCCAUUCCAUUUUUAUAACUUAAGUCUAAACUCAAAAAAGAAUCUGAUUGAUUAUGCAUAGUGACUGACUAUUUAGAUGCAUUACAUAUGGAAAUCAAAAAACAGUUUAUUA